AGCUGGUGUGAGGACAGGCGGGCAGUUCAACAGGGGAAAGCCAAGCCCAGAACUGCCAUGACCAGGUCCAGCCAGUACGUGGUGGCAGGCACUCAGGAGGAACCCCCUUCCAAGACAGCAUCUAAUGGGAAGUUGGAGGCUUCCAGCUCGUCCUCCCAGGAAGCCAUGCAGCUGAAGAAGGAGAUCUCGCUGCUCAACGGUGUCUGUUUGAUUGUGGGCAACAUGAUCGGCUCGGGCAUCUUCGUCUCACCCAAGGGGGUCUUGGCCUACAGCGCAUCUUACGGACUCUCCCUGGUCAUCUGGGCCGUGGGGGGUCUCUUCUCCGUCUUCGGGGCCCUCUGCUACGCCGAGCUGGGCACCACCAUCAAAAAAUCGGGGGCCAGCUAUGCCUACAUCUUGGAGGCCUUUGGCCAGCUGCCGGCAUUCAUCCGCCUGUGGACUUCCCUUCUCAUCAUCGAGCCCACCAGCCAAGCUGUCAUCGCCAUCACUUUCGCCAACUACUUGGUCCAGCCGUUCUUCCCAUCCUGCGAGGCACCGUACCUGGCUGGACGUCUCCUGGCUGCUGUCUGCAUCUGCUUCCUAACUUUCGUGAACUGUGCCUACGUGAAGUGGGGAACCCGAGUCCAGGACCUGUCCACCUACGCCAAGGUGCUAGCCCUCAUUGUUGUGAUCAUUGCAGGCAUCGUCCGCAUUGGACAAGGACGCUCAGAGAACUUAACUGACACUUUCGAGGGCUCUGCGUGGGACGUGGGCAGCAUCGCACUGGCUCUCUACUCUGCCCUCUUCUCCUAUUCUGGAUGGGACACCCUAAAUUUUGUCACGGAAGAGAUCAAGAACCCUGAAAGGAACCUUCCCCUCUCCAUUGGGAUAUCCAUGCCGAUCGUCACGGUGAUCUACAUCAUGACCAACGUGGCCUACUACACGGUCCUGAGCAAGAUGGAGAUCCUGUCGAGCGAUGCCGUGGCUGUGACUUUUGGCGAUCAAGUUUUUGGAGUGAUGAGUUGGACCAUACCCCUUGCUGUGGCCCUGUCCUGCUUCGGAGGCCUUAAUGCUUCUAUUCUAGCUGCUUCCAGAUUGUUUUUUGUUGGCUCCCGGGAAGGACAGCUGCCAGAUGCCAUUUGCAUGAUCCACGUAGAACGGUUCACCCCUGUGCCAGCCCUGCUUUUUAAUGGAGCCAUGGCUCUGAUUUAUCUUUGUGUGGAAGACAUCUUUCAACUCAUCAACUACUACAGCUUCAGCUACUGGUUCUUUGUGGGCCUGUCCAUCGCAGGACAACUGUAUCUUCGCUGGAAGGAACCAUCUAGAGAACGUCCACUCAAGUUGACCAUCAUUUUCCCCAUCAUUUUCUGCCUCUGUACCAUCUUCCUGGUGGCUGUACCGCUCUACACCGACCCCAUCAAUUCGGCCAUUGGCAUUGCCAUCGCGGCGUCUGGACUUCCGGUUUACUUCCUGGUGGUACGGGUCCCAGAUCAGAAGAGACCAAGCUGCUUACGGCGAAUGACGGCCCGUGUGACUCGGAUUAUCCAGUUAGUGUCCCUGUCGGUCCUGACGGAGAUGGAUCCCGAAAUCAAAUCUCAGUGAUGGAAGAGUUGACCAUCCGAAAGAGAGGCUGGCUUAUCCUGUCAACCCCUUGCCAUGGACCCUUUUCUAAUUUAUUAUUUGAGACUUCGUUGAAAGUACCGUACUUAUGACAGGGAUAUAUAUAAAUUUCUUUUAAUUAUUUUAAAUGGAAUAUUUGGAAUGCAACGUGUCCAUCAUUUUUGUCACAACCCUCCGAUAUGGCUUUGGCUCCUUUUUGCAAUUUUAUUUUUUAAAACUGCAAUCCAUGGUUGUACCCUCUAAAUA